GCGCUUGCUGCUCUGGCUUUCCCAUGCUGCUGGCUGCGCCAACUACCGUGUGUCCUCGAUGACACCAAAAAGAGCCGAACCUUCGAUAUGCUCUGCAGCGUGUUCCGUGACCACGGCUUGACCUUGUGUUGCACGCUUAUGAACGGCGAGGUUACUAAUGCGUGGUCUGCGUAGUUGUUAGCUUCCAAGGUCGCGGUUGGCCUUUUGUUGCGCAAGGACGCGCUUAACGACGCGCUGCGUCGUCGUUAAGGCGGACGCCAUGUUGGACGUGUGCGCAGUGUUUUUCCUAGAGCCCACACAGUUGUGAAACCAAGAGAGACGCCUAGGAGUACGCCUUGUCCCAAAGUGGUUGCGUUACGUUUGCCAAGUUGGGUGUCGGUGCAGUCCAACGUCGCGGGCUGGUUUGGACACGGUCGGCUAACGUCACGCAGAAGGCGGAUACGAUGGAUAAGCCUACGGCCAGUGGUGUAUUAUCAGUGACGCGGUUGUAGAAUGAAAUUCUCCGAUAGUCAUUCACUGCUUCUUUCGGCGUCCCGACUGUCGCACAUCGAGGCUGUUGAUGUUUUCAAUGGCGCCUACGAUGGUGCGCACAGAGUUGGCGCAGCGGGGGCCGCCCGCCUUUUCGGCUCUUGAGCAGACGACGGUUACGGAUGGGCCCGUGGUGGCCAAGUUCCCCAAGAUGGCCGUCACCCUUGACUAUAGCCGAGAAGAAGACAGGCUUGCCACUUUUCGUGGGUGGCCCCCAGAUGCCCCGGUAUCUGCCAAGAAGCUGGCUCAGGGUGGCUUUGUGUGUAUAAGUUCUCCCAGGCAUCUCACACAAUGCUUCAAGUGUGGACUCGAGGUUUCAGACUGGAAAAUUGCAGACUCAGUAGUGGAUAGACACCGCACGGUGCGACCGAACUGUGCGUUUGUACGCUCCCUUCCAAGCCCGCGUGUUCCGGUGGCAGCAAGCCCCGCUUCUUCCACAGCUGGUGCUUCGUCUGGUGGUACAAGGCGUGUAGAGCAACCAAUGCAUGUUGACAGUGUGAUGCCCCCGUUUCCGCGCGUUGGCAGUGCGCCGUUGGUUCGUAGCGGAGCUUGUGAGACUGUUCCGAGGAUUGCUGUAGAAAACGACUUGCAGCUUCGCCGGCUUCAGGCGUCGGAGGAAGAGCGGUUCAAUACCUUCUCUGACUGGCCGCUGGACUUUCUGCCAGCACGGACGCUUGCUCAGGCGGGCUUUUACUAUCUUCACGAACAAGAUAAGGUGCGGUGCGCCUUCUGCAAAGGCACAGUGCACAACUGGGAGCCAGGGGACGACCCCCUGCAAGAACAUGUCCGCCACUUCCCGUGUUGCCCAUUCCUUCUGAACCCAGACCUGGCUGGCCAGGACGAGUGCGGUCAUAUGUCAUGGCAACGGGCACGCUCCGCACCUGAGUGCGAGCAGCUGCUCAUUGGGAAUCGUUCCCAGGGAGUGCAGUUGAAAGGAGAUACUCCUCCAUCAGCGCUGUCUGGCCUUGGCGUGUCUGUACACGUCGGGCCAAAGCAUCCAUCACAAGCAUCACCCGAUGCCCGGCUGCGGACUUUCGAAAAGUGGCCCGCCACGUGCCCCAAGCAGCCUCUGGAAUUGGUGUCAGCUGGAUUUUUUUACAUUGGUCUUCAGGACUACACCAAGUGCUUCCACUGUGAUGGUGGCCUCUGCAAUUGGGAUGCGACGGACGACCCCUGGGAGGAACACGCCCGCUGGUUUCCCCGCUGCCAGUUUGUGCUGCUGUCCAAGGGCGAGGCGUACGUGGAGGACUGCCUCCAGCGACAUCAGUCGCACCUCAGCGCGGUUGCGGCUAGCGCAUCAACAAGCGCGCAAGGGCAGUCUGGAGGUGCCGAUGAAGGAAUGGCAACUGAACUGGCGGCACUCAUGCGGUCGGAGGAUGUGCAGUUCUACCUGUCACAAGGGGUCCCUGCAGAGACACUGCGUGCUGCGUUGCUGAAGCACAUGCGCAGCCAGGGCCGGGGUUUCGCGAGCCGCGACGAACUUCUUCAAGUUCUUGGCGAGCUGCUUGCCUUACCAAGGGCGUCUGCUGACCAGACUGCGCAGCCAUCGGCUGCAAAUGACCUCACGAUCACCAAGCUGGCUACCAACCCUCAGCUGGAAAGCGUAGUUUCCAGAGCGAAGAACUCGUCACCGGAGGGCCGGACAGAGGGGUCGGAGCCUUCCGAGCUGGCUCUGGAGAACCUGCGACUCAAGGACCAGCGUCUCUGCAAGGUGUGUCUCGAUGCCGAGGUAGGCGUCGUGUUCCUGCCGUGCGGCCACCUGGUGGCGUGCCCCGCCUGCGCCUCCGCCCUCUCGGACUGCCCCGUCUGUCGCGCUUCCAUCCGCGGCACUGUGCGGACGUUCUUCUCUUGAAAUAGAUGUCAAAAGAAGAAAUGGGCAUGAGAUGUGUCGCUACAACGGUGGCUUCAGCAAGGUGUAAUUUAGGAGAGGCAACGACCGUUGUUACAUAAUUAGGAAAUGCUUAGAAGUUCACGUAAUUUCCUUCCUUUCUACUUGUCUACAGGAACUUGUUCUCAGUAGAGGGUAUAAUCUGCACUGCUUAAUCCUGUAAGACUUAAUCAUGACAAUGGUAGUAAGGCAACCUAUGCUGGUGAAUUGUACAGUAAGCACGCAGCGGGCCUACAGGGUUUAAAGUGGCAGCAGAGAAAUUGAGGAUGACCCUUGCCUGUGUUGAGCAAAAACUUUGGCCAAUAUCCUUUUGCACAAAUUCAGCUUGUAAGACCUAAAAUAUUGUCUGGGCCAUUAGGCACUUUGGUUGACCAAUGCAUUGCAACUGCAUUAGCACCGGCAACAAAUACUGCAAACAAUUUCUCCACUUUCUAACUUCUGCAUCGUUGCCUUUCGUCUGAGCAGCAGGUCUUGAAACACCUGCUACGACAUGCUCAGUAGGAGAACUCGCAGCUCGCCGAGUGGCCGAGGUAGUGAGCUGCAGGGAACAGUGCCGACAGACAUCCAAGUAAAAGAAAAAGACCGCACCUCCUCUGCGACAUUCCCCACCCUUGUUGUGGUUGCCUGAAGUGCAGUUGACCAGUGAGACGUCUGUGGUUGUGGCAGGAUCUUGUGCGGUGGGCCUGUUGUAAAUUUUGCAAGUGAAUGCCAAAAACUGGCACAGGGCUUGCCAAGUCAAGCUGUGCUCUCUUAUGUUAAUUCACUGCGAAAAGUUAGCUGAAGUAGCUUUCUUGCAGUGCCUCAUGGCUAAUUGCACUGAAUAACUUGGAGCAGCAUUUUACUCUCCCAUGGAUGGGAGUAGAUGAUGGACUGUUUAAAUUGACACGACCUGCUCUAAAUCAACCCAUGGAAUUCCUCAUUAUAGUCAGAGAAUCGGCAGGAAGUGCAUUUUUUAAAACGACGGUUAUUGAUUAACGCAACGGUUAUCUUUGCUGGAUGCAUACAUUUCUGCGUGCAGUGCGCACUUGCGAGCACAUGUGAGAUGUACGCUUUGUACUUACUUGCAUUUCCAGAACCUCUGUUACCAUCCUUUUGAACAGUGAGGCUAUGGACAAGAAGCCGAUUUAGCAUUUUUGCAAGGAGUUCUGUUGGACUGCAGUGAAAUUUGAUGGUGAUCGUGUUACUUCACUUAUGCACUGCGUGCCCAGGUUGCACCCAUCACAAGAUAUGACACGAUCAGUGUGAGGAUUGAGGUGUUUGAUAGAAACACCCAGCAUAUAUGGUCAGCAUUUUGCGACUCAAACCAAUGCUUAAUCCUCGGUAUAUAAAAAGGCAGGGCUUGUGUUCAACAAAAAUUUGUUUUAAACGUGGCCUGGGCCUCAUGCGUGAACACGCAUGUCUGUCAAGUUUGGAUAAUUAUACCUGAUACAUCACGUGGACAUGUCACAAUGCCCACCUCAUGCUUUUAAAGAAAAGUGCACUCAAAAGAGAGACUUAAUCGCUUCAAGAUUGCCAAGAUAUUGUCUCAAGAAUUCUUUAUUUGUUAGCAGUAAAACAGCAUUGGCAUUAUUCCAUGGAACUGCUUAAUGUGUAACGGUGACUGAAAUCUCAGGUCCGUAUGAUGUCACGUUUGAUUUUCCAGACAUGAUUUGCAUGUGUGAUGUUGCAAGCAUUGUGGCCAUGAGCCAUGUUGGCACUGUUGAAGCUGCUGCCCCUACCCUCGCUUUUGUUUACAGGGUGAUUUAUUGGCCUUCCAACUGUAUUCAAGCGUCGCAAAGAGAUAUUGAACUACACGGCAGCAAACGCAUUUUUUUUUUCUCAGUUCUAUUAUAUAUUUUAAGUUGUAGGUCUGGGAUAUGUAUUGAUGACAAUUAUGGCAUAGAUUGGUUUAGGUAUGAAGCAUGGCGAACAAUCUGAGCGAGUUGGAAAGCGGGACGCUGUCACAGCCAGAAUGCAGGCUGUGGCAAGAAAUGGAAAUGAGCGUAAGUUUAAGGUUGUUUUUAUUUUACCAAGUACUGUUCAUAGGUCUAUUUUGCUAAGCAAUGAGGGAAAUGUUGUUCUUGAACGAAAUGUCUAUAUUUACAAAGCCUUUGGAAAAUUGGCAAAGAUGAACGGAACCUUUUUUGUUCUUUUUCCAUUGUACUCUCGAUCUAUUUAUUUCUUAGGAUUAUCACAAUUGUUGGCUGUUUCUUAGGUUUUCUCUUAAUGCAUAGAAUUAAGGAGGUGCUCACUACUUUCCUAGAGCCUCAUGGCUGUAGGGGAAAAAAAAUUUGCUGUUCGUUUUCUUUUUCAUAUCUGUGUUUCCUUUGAACUGUGAGACGUGACCUCGGUACAAGUGGUGCACAGAUUCUCAUUCAAUAUAAAUCCUUGCGAAGGCACUUAAAAGGCAGCUAGCACAUUUUCUAGUGUGUCGCAUGGACAGUGAGAGGCUAACUGAUAAGUGUUCCAUUACACAGUAAGUUUUUACUCAUGUUGGUUGAUUACUGGGUCUGUCUGCGCAGGAGUCAUUGUAUUAGUAAACUAUGUCCUUCUGUUGAAGUAUUCAUUCUCCGCACGGCGUGAACUAUUGCGGAACGAACAAGUCUCUGCAUUGACUUUUCUUUUUCUGUUUGUGCUGCGCUGUCAGUUUUUUGUGUUUGCAACGCGGCAUGCUUGCAGGCAAGCAAUGCUGGUUUAGUCAUCACGUUGUAUCCAUAGUACAGACGCCUUCACAUGCUGAUAGUUGCAGCACUGAUGUAUCGAAAUAAAAACAUUUCCGUUCGUUUCUUGUGGGA